GUGAUGGUUGUGCAUAAUAGAUUAACAUAGGAGAGAGUCAACUAGCCAUACCCAAUAUCUAUAAAGUCUCUCUAAAAGCCUAUGUUUAUGUUCAUGAAAUAUUUCAUUAAAAAAAAAUCCUUUCUAUGUUUUAAGACAUUACAUUUUACUUCAUUCCCAAGAGAAUAAUUCUCACUAGAUCUCAGGUGGGAAUAAACUAAUAACAAGGGCAAAUAAAAGUAGAAAUAAACUAAUGACAGGAACAAAUAAAAUUUUAAAAAUCUAAUUAUUUUGGACUAUUUUCUACAAAACAAAAUGAACCAUAAGUCUUUGGAAAUCACAUACAGUAGCCUAAUUCCAACUGCUAUUCAUUAAUGUUAAGAAAUGACUAUGGGCUAAAACACUAUUUUAACCUUUGAUGUACUGUAGAUUUUCAUUUCCCAUCAGGUGUUUACUGUAAACAAAGAUUUGCUAUUCCUACUAAACUCAGAAGCUUGCACAUUUUUUCAUUUUUCUAUGGAUAUAAUACAUACCACAUUACACUUUGCUAUUUCAACCCCCCCGCCCCCCAUGUUAAAUAUCCUGCACAUUUUGUGACUGGAUUGCUUAUCUUAGAUUUCACUUUCCUUAUCCCCUAUAAGUUGGAGCUUUCUCUUCCCGAUUGCCUCUAGGUAUCUGUGUAAAGCUAAUCUUCCUUUGUCUUAUUUUCUGUAGCUAGCUUUAGUUUCUGUUUUAGUCCCUGUGACCAGUUCUCUUAACCUCAAAUUAUCUUUAACAGAAGUGACUCAUAAUUUCUGAAAUUCAUAUAUUCUGGAACUGAAAUUUUCUCUGUUGCUUAAAAAUAAGUAAACAGUACAAUGAUAUAUACAUGAAUCACCCAUAAUAGAAAUUGUCCAUUUAGAAAGGGUCAUUAUGCUUUUACAUCAUGGCUUUCCAAGCAAAUAGGACUGGCUUUUAGUGUUUAGUAUUAGAGUAUGUUGAACUACAAGUAAAAGAGUAGAUUCUAAGGUGAUUCUGAGAGCUUGAGAAAAGAAAUUCUUUUGCCUGACACCAGAGCUUAGUUAAGGGAGGUCCAUAUUUAAAUUACACCAACCAUUAAAAGUAAUACAUUUAAUUUUAUCCUUUCAUUCUUUUAGUACCUACUUUGAAUCAGUCACUGGGUUUGAGAAAGACAAGCAUGUAAACAAAUCACUUUUGUAACUAACUUGUAAAAAGGGAUCACUUUCAGGAAGAACUUUAUAGAGCAAGGGCCAGUAAAUUUACCUAAAAUGGUGAGAAGAUAUUCGGAAAGGGUAAGUGGGAAGAUUGGCGAUUGGCAGGGCAGAUGUGCCAAUCACCCUCUAUGCCACAACACAGUUUGGUUGUGAGCAAAAUGAGAAAACAGCAUAAUAAAUAAACAUUCUACAGAUAUUACCCUUCACAGCACAAAGGAUAGAUUGGUGGAGGCAAGAUUGAAGUCAGGAAGACCAGUUAGAAUGCUUAAUAGGAAAAAUAGAAAAACAGUAGUUGCCUGAACAAGGACAAUAACAACAUUCCUUGUUCCUUGCAGUGAUAAUGAAAAGAAGUCAAAAGGCAGUCUUUAGAGACGGGAUCAAAAGGACUUGAGCUGCAGAUGGUUGUUCAGAGUUACAGAAAGUAGCAUCUGAAGUUGUUCUAGGCUUCUGUGUAUCAUUCAACGUUGACGUGAAAAAUUCAAUGACUUUCAGCGGCCCAGUGGAGGACAUGUUUGGAUAUACCGUUCAACAGUAUGAAAAUGAAGAGGGAAAAUGGGUGCUUAUUGGCUCUCCGUUAGUUGGCCAACCCCAAAACAGAACUGGAGAUGUCUACAAGUGUCCGGUCGGAAGAGGUGAAUCAUUGCCUUGCAUAAAGUUGGAUCUACCAGUUAAUACGUCAAUUCCCAAUGUCACGGAAGUAAAGGAAAACAUGACAUUUGGAUCAACCUUAGUCACUAAUCCAAAUGGAGGGUUUCUGGCAUGUGGACCCUUAUAUGCAUAUAGAUGUGGACACUUGCAUUACACAACUGGAAUCUGUUCUGAUGUCAGCCCCACGUUUCAAGUCGUGAACUCCAUUGCCCCUGUACAAGAAUGCAGCACUCAACUGGACAUAGUCAUAGUUUUAGAUGGUUCCAACAGUAUUUACCCCUGGGAAAGUGUUACAGCUUUUCUAAAUGACCUUCUGGAACGGAUGGAUAUUGGUCCUAAACAGACACAGGUUGGAAUUGUGCAGUAUGGAGAAAACGUAACCCACGAGUUCAACCUCAACAAGUAUUCAUCAACGGAAGAGGUACUUAUUGCAGCCAAGAAAAUAAUCCAGAGAGGUGGCCGCCAGACUAUGACUGCUCUUGGAAUAGACACAGCAAGGAAGGAGGCAUUCACGGAAGCCCGGGGCGCCAGAAGAGGAGUUAAAAAAGUCAUGGUUAUUGUGACCGAUGGAGAGUCCCAUGACAACCACCAACUGAACAAGGUCAUCCAGGACUGUGAAGAGGAGAACAUCCAGCGAUUUUCCAUAGCAAUUCUUGGCAGCUAUAACCGAGGAAAUUUAAGCGCUGAAAAAUUUGUGGAGGAAAUAAAAUCAAUUGCAAGUACACCCACUGAAAAGCAUUUCUUCAAUGUUUCGGAUGAAUUGGCUCUUGUCACAAUUGUUAAAGCUCUGGGAGAAAGAAUAUUUGCCCUGGAAGCUACAGCCGACCAGUCAGCAGCUUCGUUUGAAAUGGAAAUGUCUCAGACGGGAUUCAGUGCUCAUUACUCACAGGACUGGGUCAUGCUUGGAGCAGUCGGAGCCUAUGAUUGGAAUGGAACGGUCGUCAUGCAGAAGGCUGAUCAAAUUAUUAUUCCCGAGAACACCACCUUUAAAGUUGAGUCUACCACGAAGAAUGAACCUCUUGCUUCUUACUUAGGCUACACGGUGAACUCUGCCACUGUUUCUGGAGACGUGCUUUACAUUGCUGGACAGCCGCGAUACAAUCACACAGGCCAGGUCAUCGUCUAUAGGAUGGAAGACGGGGACAUCCAGAUUCUCCAGGCACUCAGUGGAGAACAGAUUGGCUCCUAUUUUGGCAGUGUUUUAACAACGGUUGACAUUGAUAAAGAUUCCAAUACUGACAUUCUUCUAGUCGGGGCUCCCAUGUACAUGGGAACAGAGAAGGAAGAGCAGGGGAAAGUGUAUGUGUACACGCUGAAUCAGACACGGUUUCAGUAUCAAAUGAGCCUGGAGCCUAUCAAGCAGACUUGCUGCUCAUCUCUGAAGCACAAUUCAUGCACAAAAGAGAACAAAAAUGAGCCGUGUGGGGCUCGCUUUGGAACAGCCAUCGCUGCUGUGAAGGACCUCAAUCUCGAUGGGUUUAAUGACGUUGUGAUAGGAGCGCCACUGGAGGACGAUCACGGAGGAGCCGUGUAUAUUUAUCAUGGAAGUGGCAAGACGCUAAGGAAGGACUAUGCACAACGUAUUCCAUCAGGUGGGGACGGUGAGACACUGAAGUUUUUUGGCCAAUCUAUUCAUGGAGAAAUGGAUUUAAAUGGAGAUGGUCUGACUGAUGUGACUAUCGGGGGCCUUGGUGGUGCUGCCCUCUUCUGGUCCCGAGAUGUGGCUGUAGUUAAAGUGACCAUGACUUUUGAACCCAAAAAAGUGAAUAUUCAAAAGAAAAAUUGCCGUGUGGAGGGAAAGGAAACAGUAUGCAUAAAUGCUACAGUGUGUUUUAAUGUCAAGUUAAAGUCUAAAGAAGACACCAUUUAUGAAGCUGAUCUGCAGUACCGUGUCACCCUAGAUUCACUAAGACAGAUAUCACGAAGCUUUUUCUCUGGAACUCAAGAGAGGAAGAUUCAAAGAAACAUCCUCGUUCGAGAAUCAGAAUGCACUGUGCACUCCUUCUACAUGUUGGACAAGCAUGACUUUCAGGACUCAGUCAGAAUAACUUUGGAUUUUAAUCUUACCAAUCCAGAAACUGGGCCUGUUCUUGAUGAUGCUCUGCCAAACUCGGUACAUGAAAAUAUUCCCUUUGCAAAAGAUUGUGGAAACAAGGAAAAAUGUAUCUCAGACCUCGCUCUGGAUGUAACCACCACAGAAAAGCAACUGCUUAUCGUCAAAUCCCAGAAUGAUAAGCUCAACGUUAGUCUCACGGUCAAAAAUAAAAAGGACAGUGCCUAUAACACCAGGACAAUUGUGCAUUAUUCUCCAAAUCUCAUUUUUUCAGGGAUAGAGGCUAUCCAAAAAGACAGUUGUGAAUCCAAUCAUAAUAUCACAUGUAGAGUUGGAUAUCCUUUCCUGAGAAGAGGAGAAAUGGUCUCUUUCAAAAUAUUAUUCCAGUUUAACACGUCAUAUCUCAUGGAAAAUGUGAUCAUUCAUUUCAGUGCAACAAGUGACAGUGAAGAACCUCCUGAAACCCUUUUUGAUAAUGAAGUAAACAUUUCUAUUCCAGUAAAAUAUGAAGUUGGUCUGCAGUUUUACAGUUCUGCAAGUGAAUACCACAUUUCAAUUGAGGCCAAUGAAACAGUCCCUGAAGUUAUUAAUUCUACUGAGGACAUUGGAAAUGAAAUUAAUAUCUUCUACUUGAUUAAAAAAAGUGGACACUUUCCAAUGCCAGAACUUAAGCUGUCAAUUUCAUUCCCCAAUUUAACAUCAGAUGGUUUUCCUGUGCUGUACCCAACAGGAUGGUCGACUUCUGAUAAUGUGAAUUGCAGACCCCAUAGCCUUGAGGAUCCUCUUGGUAUCAACUCUGGAAAGAAAAUACCCAAACUUGGAGACCUCAAACGAGGCACAUUUCCGGACUGCAGAACAUGUACAUCUGCUGUCAUCACGUGUCAUCUUAUUCCUUCUGAAGUGAGCCAAGUCAAUGUUUCACUUAUCUUAUGGAAACCAACUUUUAUAAAAACACGUUUUUCCAGCUUAAAUCUUACUGUAAGGGGAGAACUUCAGAGUGAAAAUACAUCAUUGGUUUUAAGUAGUAACAAUCAAAAACGAGAGCUUGCUAUUCAGAUAUCCAAAGAUGCACCACCAGGCCGAGUGCCACUGUGGGUUAUCCUGUUGAGUGCCUUUGCUGGAUUACUGCUGUUAAUGCUGCUUAUUCUAGCUCUGUGGAAGAUUGGAUUCUUCAAAAGACCACUAAAAAAGAAAAUGGAGAAAUGAAAUAUCUUAGAAGAAGAAAAAAUAACAAUUAGUCAAUGAUCUAUCCUCAGGUUUGCCUCAGAUAUGUGACAAGAAAUUUAUAAAUAUUUAAUAUUCUGGUCACAUAGCUCUUAUUAAUCCAUCAGGGAUUAAUCACUUGGAAAGUGACAGAUCGUGCAUGAUCCAAUAACAAUACCACAAAGAUUUAUUUUAUAAAAUGAUGAAAAAUAUGUUUAAAUAAUUACUCAUUUCUGUUGAGUAAGCAAAAUUACAAGUGUUUUGAAAAAGAAUAACCUGUACAAAUAUGUUUAGAUCAUCAUUUGAAGUAUUUAGGAAUGAAUGAAAAGAUUAUUUUAUGAUCAUUGAAACAUUUCCUUCAAAAACAUUGUAAACUAAGGUUUUUCCCUUGAUUCCUGAUGGAUAUUCCUGUUUAGCAAGACAGUCAGCAUUGUAAAUGCCAAAAGAGCAAUUACCUGAAAAAGGUCACUUCCCUCAAUUCAAAUGAGAAAAUUUUCUUCCACUAGAGUUCCUAUUUGAUAUGGAGUGAAAACAGGAUUAAAUCACAGAGAAUACAUUCAACAUCUUUGUGUGGAGUUCUGUACUUAGAAAGUGUUUUUCCAAGAUGAUUGGAAAAAUAGUGCAAUUGAGCUCAAAUUCUAUCCAGGGUAGAGAAUUAAGAUAGACUCGUCGUUUAAAAAUAAGUGCACUGAAUGAAUUAAUUUUAAUUUUAGCAGAACAUGCUUAAUUGUGAUAUUGAACUCUAAAUGCAAAACUCUUUUAUACAAAAAAAAAAAAAAAAAAAAAAGCCCUUAAAGCAGUUUGCACGGCAUAACAGUGAUUUGUCAUGAAAAGCCAUGUUGUGUUGUGUGGGAUGUGCUAAAAUGGUGUCUGAAUGAAACAUGAUCGCAUAGAUAGAUGCCACUGAACUGCUGAAGUCAACUUCCCUGAGCAGCUUUUGAGUGCUAGGGGUUCGAGAAAGUAACCCACAGUAGGAGUUUUCUCAACUCCUUGGUACAGGGUUCAUUCAAACCUCCAAGCUAUGAGAGUAUGUUUAUUUUUAGUUUUUUUAAAAAUAUAUUUAAUUUUCCAAGCACAUUUUUUUUUUAUUUUUACGAAAAGACAGUAUUCCAUUUCAGUAUUGCAUUUUAACAAAGAAGUCACUGGUUUUUGAACGUGGCAUCUAUAUCAGUAUUUAACUAGAAUCUCAUUCAUACAUUUUCAAGAAUAUCAGGUUUGAAAGCUUGAACCAGCAGAAGGAUAUCACAUCUUUGUAAAUGUGCUUCUUUGUUCCUGAAGUGAUCGUACUGAUUAAUUGGACUCUGCUGUGGCAUGAGCUUCUAGGUGGCUCAUUUCUUAGGAAAAUACUAGUGAAUGAAUGUAUAGUAGCUGCAUGCGUGAACUACUGCUGGACAAUUUGCUGAUACUUCUGCAACAAUUCCAUGUCUCUGCCUGAUUUGCCAUCAUAAGACCAGAAUUUGUAAUUAUCCAAAAAGUCUUGGACUCUGCUUUUCUCAAAAAGGAGCAAAUUAACUGAAAAAUUAAAUUUGUGGAUUUAAA